CGCCACUGUCGAGCACACCCACUCUGCGGACGUGCACUUUAUCCGUGCUUUCGCACGAGGUCUUUGAAGGGAAAAUGUCCAGUGGGAAAUAUGCACCUGUGGCCGAAAACUCCUCAUCGAUGACCCUACAAGGAUGUCUGGAGGAGUGUAUGGAAGCCCUGGAUCUUUUUCUCAACAACCACUUCAGUGAGAGCUUAGAGAAGCUAAGACCACGUGCCAAGGACAGCAUGUACCAUGCGCUCAUCUAUGCCACAGUGUUGGAGAUGCAGGCCAUGAUGACUUUCGAACAUGAAGACAUUGCAAACGCAGGGAGCACCAUGAAAUCUGCACAGGAGGUCUGCCAAAGGUUUCGUCGAAAGUCUGGCUCACUGGGGAGCAAGUUGUCUGGAGACAGUUUGUCUGAGGAGGAACUCCAUGCGGAGGUGUGCUACGCUGAGUGCCUUUUACAGAGAGCUGCUCUUACAUUCCUGCAGGAUGAGAACAUGGUGAACUUUAUCAAAGGAGGAAUCAAAGUGCGCAACAGCUACCUCAUAUACAAAGAGCUGCACACUUUUGUCCAAUCACGUCGCGCUCCCACAGGGCCCAACCACGCCCAGCUAGAAGGAAGCCUGUACUUCGGUAUCGGAGCUUUUAAUUUGACCCUGUCAUUAUUUCCUCCACGUAUCCUCAAAAUCCUAGAGUUUGCUGGCUUUUCGGGUGACAAGGUGUAUGGCUUAUCACAGCUCCACCAGGGGGCGCUCUCACACAACCUGCGCUCCAUGCUGAGUGCUCUGUUGCUACUCUGCUACUACACAUUCCUCUCCUUCAUACUGGGGAUAGGGGAGGCGGACGUGGCCGAGGCAGAGAGCCUGCUAAAGCCGUUUCGCCUGCGCUAUCCAAGGGGGGCCAUUUUUCUCUUCUUUGCGGGCAGAGCAGAGGAGAUCAAGGGGAACAUUGAUGAGGCGGUGGCACUGUUUGAGGAUGGCUGUAAGGCUCAGCAGGCUUGGAAGCAGUUUCACCACAUGUGCUACUGGGAGCUGAUGUGGUGCUUCACCUACAAACGCUUGUGGAAGAUGGCUUACUUCUAUGCAGACCUCCUGAGUCAGGAAAGCCGAUGGUCCAAGGCCAUGUACGUGUACAUGAAGGCGGCCUGCCUCAGCAUGUUGCCUCAGAGUGAUGCCAGACCCUUCGGGGAGAACGAGGUGGACCUCUUCAGACAGGUGCCUUCCUUCAAGCAGAAAAUAGCAGGCAAGUCUCCACCAACGGAAAAGUUUGCCAUUCGCAAAGCUCGCCGCUACAAAGCCAGCUGUCCCAUUCGGUUGCAAGUGCCAGUUCUGGAAAUGAUGUACAUGUGGAAUGGCUUUGCAAUGAUCAGCAAGCGGCCUGAGCUCACUGAGGGCAUGAUGGAGACUCUCCUGGCGGCAGAGCGCUCUCUACAGGAGGCACCUGCAAAUGAAUACAUAUUAGAUGACACUAGUCUCAUUCAGCUGCUGAAGGGACUUUGCUUUAGGAACCAGGGCAAAAUCCAAGCAGCAGAGGAAUGUUUCAACACGGUGUACAUCAGUGAGAAGAAGCUGAAGUUUGACCACUACCUGGUUCCCAAUGCUUUGCUGGAGCUGGGGCUUCUCUAUAUUAAUCUUGGACGACGAGAGGAGGCAAUCAAGAUACUGCAAAAGGCAAAACACAACUACAAAGAGUAUUCCAUGGAGUCUCGCACCCACUUCCGCAUCCACGCUGCCCUCUCUAAACUAAAAGCUGACACAAAUGACAAGGGAGAGACAACUGCACUGUAAUACACACAUUCUUUGGAAAAGAGCAGUUUGUUUGCCUGACAUCUGGGUUUAGUGAUGAUAAGCAUGCCCUCCGCAAACAGGAAGGAGGAUAUACCGUAUAGAGAGGGACCUGUUCCACUUUUCAAGGAUGGCAUUUUUUGUUUUACAGUUACAUCCCUGCCAAAGGGACAGCAAGUUAUUUUUUUAUAUUUAAAUGUUCCUGAAGAGCAGUGGAUGGAAGACUUAUGUGAAAUUUUGUCAAGUCACUUAAACCCAUGUUUAAGUCUUAAAUGUCUCGAUGUCUUACAUUACAUUUUAACGUUACUUUAGUAUUUUAUCACUGCACGAAUCAAUGUGCACAUCUAUUUUAACAUUGGUGGUCUUUAUCUAGAGGUGAACAAGCGGACACGUGUCAGCCAAUGUGAAAACAGCAAAGCAUUUGCACCAAAGAGUAUUACUUCUAUACUCUUUGUUUGCACUGACUUAACUAUUUUAAGUGGCCUUGCCAUGUUCAAUUUGUGCUCCACUCUUCCCUUUUAAGGAAAGAAAACCUUGUAAUUGUAUAAUUUAAUUUUAGACCUUAAAUUAUAUUCCACAUCCUUAUAUAAUAAAAACAUAUAUUGUA